GCGGUACAUCGAGUGAUACUUUGGUUGACGCUAAAGAAUCAUCGUUAUCGUCAUCUAUUUCGUUUCGUUUACGUCGCGCGUUGUUUCUGUAUUGGCUUUCGAGCUCGUAAACACUCGAGAACAUACGUAAUAAUCGUGUCCCGGGAACUAUCAGGAGACAAUCUCGUGAUAGAAAGAGAAGUGCGAUGGAAUUACGUUUGUCCGUUGUUUUAUUUUCGGUGAUAGUAAAAACUUCAUGGACAAGCGUGAGUCGAUAACGUAGAAUGGAUAUUUUGUUCGGACGAUCGAUCAACGGCCAUCAUCGUUCAACCUUUCCUUUGGAUCGAGCACGAUUUUAACAAAAAGACGUGGGCUAUAGGAGUAUCGAGAUCACGUCGGCUUUCACGCAUCUACCUCAAAAGGAGAUGGCCAGGGACACCCCGGGCUCGCCUAUGUCACGCCCGCGGGAUUUGGGUAGCGGAGGUGGUGGCGGCGGCGGCGGUGGCGGAGGAGGCGGCGGCGGUGGUGGCGGUGGCGGCGGAGGGGGAGGAGGUGGCGGGGGUGGAGGUGCUGCAACGGCCACCUUAACUUCCGGCGCCUAUCAUGCUGCAGUUGCUACCUCCGAUCCAACGACCCUGCAUGGCCACGCUUUGCAACAGAAAAUACUCGAGCUACAGCAGCACCAUCAGCUACAGCAACAAAUCCUGCGGCAGCAGUACCAAGCACAGGAACGGCAAUUGGCCGAGAUGCACGAACAACAAAUGCAUCAGCUCAAGCUUUGGGAAAAGCAGAAACAAUUGGAGGAGCAAUUGAGGGAAAAGGAACGAUUAGAGGCACUCAGGAAGAAGGACAAGCACGAUCAUAGCGCCAUCGCUUCGACGGAGGUUAAACAACGUCUUCAGAGUUUCCUGGUUAACAAAAAGCAAAGGGAAGCCGCUGCAGCGGCGAACGGGGCCGUCCCUGGUACACCUGGAUAUAGAAGCUGGUUGCAGCCACAGUCCGAAACAACGAGCAACACAAAUUCCUCGCAUCCUUAUCGUAUGCCACAGAUGUUGCAGGAGAAGUUUGGCGAUGAUUUCCCAUUGAGAAAGACAGCAUCGGAGCCGAACCUGAAGGUGCGACUAAAACAGCGCGUGGAGAGGAAUAUGGCGGCCUUGCGGCACUCGCCCCUGAUGGCACGAAGGAAGGAUCGUCUUCUGUCGCACCUCAAGCGGAAGUCGCUACUAGCAAAUGCUGGUAGCAAUCCAGAAUCGGGGCCUAACUCACCGCCGACUGUUAAUAAUUCUCAGGCAAGUCCUACCGCAGGAAGCAAUACAGCGAUACAAGAGGAAAGCGAAAGUACGAGUUAUGGUGGCCCGCUGACGAGUAGUAGUCAACAGGGAAGUCUCUCGGAUCUUUCGUUAUUUAGUUCACCGUCCAUGCCCAAUAUCUCUUUGGGAAGACCACAAAUUCCAUCCAGCUCGGCUCAGAGCGGAUCGAAAUUAGCACCAGUCUCUGAAGCUGAAGUUCGUGCCGCAUUUACGGCUCGUCUUGGUAUGCCAUUAACCGGUCAAAUGUUACCAGGCACAUUACCGUUCUAUCCAUCGCUGACGGUCAUCGAUGGAGAUCCUACGUACAUUCACAAACAAAUGCAAAAUUUGGAACAAGUGUCAGUAGGGAGCAGACAACAUCCGGUAUAUCAUACCGCGCCGAUUACGGAUACACAAGUAGCACAUACAAGACUGCAGAAGGCUAGUCACCGGCCUUUAGGUAGUAGAACUCAAUCCGCGCCAUUACCUCUUGGUCAUCCGAUGUUGCAAAGUGGUAUGAUGGCACCACCUGCGCAUUACGAGGAAUACCUGAUCGAGAAACAACACCAUGAUCAACAACAGGCGCACAAUUAUUUGAAACAACAGAUUCGUCAGACCGUAUUAACGCGAGUUAGUUCUCGAGGGCAGACCAAUCAGUUGGACGAAGCGCCAGAAAGCGAGGAAUCCGAAGUGAUAGAUCUUACGGGGAAAAAGGAUUUGUCGGAGGAGAGCGAAAUUUCGAAACAGCAGAGGGACCGUGAACAAUUUUUGCAACAACAGAGAGAUCUGAUGAUGAGACACACCUUACAGACGAACGAGUCGACGGCCUAUCCUGGCGGAAGGAGUUCACAAUCCGCCAGACCACUCUCAAGAGCGCUCUCUAGUCCGUUGGUACAUUUAGGACCUCAGGGUGGCGGUGGUGAUAUGUUUGCUCGGGGCUCACCUCAUCGAGCUAACACAGGAUUGGCAUACGAUCAAUUGAUGCUAAAACACGCCUGUGUUUGUGGUGAAACUGUAAGGGGUCAUCCCGAACACGGUGGUAGAUUACAGAGCGUCUGGGCUAGAUUAUCGGAAACGGGAUUAUCUCAGCGUUGCAGUCGAGUUCGUUCUCGUCAGGCUACACUUGAAGAAAUUCAAACGUGUCAUAGCGAGGCACACACGCUUUUAUUCGGAACGAAUCCUUUGAAUCGUCAAAAAUUAGACAUGUCGAAACUUCCACAAUUACCGAUCAUUGAAUUGCCUUGCGGAGGAGUAGGCGUUGAUUCCGAUACAACGUGGAACGAAUUAAAUACCGCACCUGCCGCCCGAAUGGCCGUAGGAUGCGUAGUUGAUCUCGCUUUGAAGGCAGCGAUGGGUGACAUCAAGAAUGGCUUUGCGGUCGUUAGACCUCCGGGACAUCAUGCGGAGAGUAAUCAAGCGAUGGGCUUUUGUUUCUUCAAUUCCGUGGCGAUCGCUGCUCGUUUGUUGCAACAAAAACUUGACAUCAGAAAGAUAUUGAUCCUUGAUUGGGACGUUCAUCAUGGAAAUGGAACACAACAUAUGUUCUACGACGAUCCUAGAGUACUUUAUCUCUCCAUACACCGACACGACGAGGGUAACUUUUUCCCAGGUACGGGUGGACCAACGGAAUGUGGUACAGGCGAGGGUUUAGGAUACAACGUGAACGUAGCAUGGUCUGGUGGAUUAAAUCCACCAAUGGGAGACGCAGAAUAUUUGGCAGCCUUUAGAACGAUCGUUAUGCCGAUCGCUAAGGUUUUCGAUCCUGAAAUCGUCCUAGUUUCUGCGGGUUUUGACGCUGCCGUUGGUCAUCCCGCACCUCUUGGUGGCUACAAGGUCAGCCCUGCGUGUUUCGGUAGAAUGACGCAACAGUUGCUAACUCUCGCAGGUGGUAAGGUCGUUCUAGCUUUGGAAGGUGGUUAUGACUUGGCAGCGAUCUGCGAUUCCGCUCAGGAGUGCGUUAGAGCUUUGCUAGGUGAUGAACCAACUCCAAUUCGAGAGGAUGAACUCACGCGGGCUCCUUGCCAAAAUGCCAUUGAUACAUUACAAAAGACUAUCGCCAUUCAGAUGUCUCAUUGGCAAUGCGUUAAACUCUUCGCUCAUACCGUCGGUAUGAGCGCAAUUGAGGCGAGUCAGAAGGAACACGACGAAACAGAAACGGUAUCUGCUAUGGCUUCGCUUUCCAUGCAACAGCCUACGAAUCUUACAACUACGCCGGAUCAUUCCCGAGAAGUUUCCGAGGAACCGAUGGAGCAAGACGAGGCAAAAUGAAGUGUACUCGUUUAAAAGAUGUUAGCUAUCAUCGAGAUCAUAUUGAAAAUGAGUUGAGAAACGUCAUGAACGCAGAGGUAGAGGAACCGAAGAAAAAUGAAAACGAGGGAAUCUCGUUUUUUUUUUUUUCAAAGAUAAAUGUAAAUCAUGGAUUUGGUAUGUUUCAUUUGGAAAGAUUAAUCCAUGAAAAGUCUACGGUGAUGAGAUCGUCGACGUGUUUAUCUCUAUAUCUGUAAGUCGUCGACGAACCUUUGAUGACGUUUUUCUUUUUUUUUUUUCUUUUCUUUUUUUGAAAGACACUACAAAGCAUUGAAAAAAAUUUUGUCAAUUUUUUGUCGAAUUAAUAUUGUCGUUCAAUGAACGGAAUUUUGUAAACACGCGAGUACACUAUUUUCGUGUGUUAAAAGAUUAUCACGAAGCGAAAGAGCCAUUUUAUUUGUCGCUUCUUAAUUGGAUAAUCUAACUUUUUGUUCUUUUUUUUUUUUUUUUUUUUUGUCUCUCUUUCUCUCUCUCUCUCUCUCUCUGACAUUUUUCUUUUCUUCUUUUCUUUUUUUUUUUUUUCUUCUCUUCUUUGUUUCAUUUUUCUUGUCUCUUUCUUUUUAUUUAAUUGUCCAUCUCACAGAGUAUACGAUCCAAUUUCGUUGUAAAAAGUUGUUGUAACUUGUAUAGAUACAAUUUUUCGAUGAAAAGGGCUCAAGUAUGGAAGAAAUGAUUUUUGGUCCUCCGUUAAUAACAUUGGAAGCCUGUCAUAUAGAACUUCUUACCAGUGUCUUAUUAAUCAACAACGAAGGAUCCCCCGUGGUUUGAGAUAAGAGAGAAACAAAAACUGUCAACAGGCACGAACACAAUUCUUUUUAUUAACAUUAUAAUAUUAUAUAGAAUUAAUAAAGGAGAAUUGACACGUAAAGAUAAUUAAUUAAUUUGUGCUUUAAUAUUUAAUGUGUAUCGAAAGAUAACAACAAACUAUUUACUUUUUCUUUUGUCUCUUCUUUUUUUCUUUUUUUCUUUUCUUUUCCAAUCCAAUUUUAAACUAUACUCUUAUUAAAGAAUUGUAUUAUGUAUCGUUGACAGUGUUUGGAGUGUGCUUAUUAAGGAAUAAGGUGUGUGUAUAUAUAUAUAUAUAUAUAUAUAUAUAUAUAUAUAUACACACACAUACACAUAUAAAAUACAAUCUUAUGCUUAUCGUACUUGCUUUUCAUAUACAUUAAUAAAACGUAUUCUACAUCUUCUACGUACAUAAAAUUUAAAGUAAGUGAAAACGAGAGAGAUGGCGGUCGGGGAGGGGUAGAGGAGGGGAGGGGGAGGGGUGGCCGGGAGAGAAAGAAUGCAUACAAGACUUCGCGAGCAGAUUUAAAGAAUUGUCACAUUUAUGCAAUGAAUUGUACAAAUUGUUUGAAAAUUAAUCUAUUGUUGGAUCUAUUAUGUACAACAAAGAAACUUUUGCCAUUAUUGUUGUAAA